CCGAAAGCUUCGAUCCGUCUUUCCAAUGGCUCCAAACCCUAAGCGAGCUCCUCCGAAAAAACCACCCCCCAAACCCCCAUCGCCGUCCCCCUCCUCCUCCUCCUCCGGUGAUGAUUCCGACCCUCAACCCCCUCGCCCCACCAACAACCCUAUCCAAUCCUCCUCGGAAGACGGUCAACAAUCCACCCCCAAACCCAAACAUCAACCUCCGGCGAAGAAUCAACAAGUUGGCUCUGAUUUGAGCUCCGGUGAGGACUCCGAUUCCGACUCUCCACCUCCCCUUGAGAAGUCAACGUCUUCUCGUCGGCCAGAUCCAUCCAUCAAGCCUAUCAGCUCCAAACCCAUGGCUGAAAGCCCUAAAUCGAAGAAACUUUCCACCCCUGCCCCCAAAUCUGGUCAGAAUCCUAGCAAUGCUCCGGAUGCUGUUGAGCCUGAGAGCACCAUCACGAAGCGGAAGCUCUUCGAGAGGUUCUGGAGCGAGGGCGAUGAGAUCAAGAUCCUUGAGGGCGUUGCUGAGUAUCACCGCAAGAAGGGCACUAAUCCGGCCUCUGUUGUAGAUUUGGAUUCGCUUCACGAGUUUAUGAAAUCGUUUCUUGGCUCUGAAUUUGGUAAAAAUCAGCUUGGAGAUAAGAUCCGCCGUCUGAAGAAGAGGUUUCGGACGCUGCAUGCUAAGAACAAUGGUAAUCCAAAAAUCACCAAGCCACAUGAGAGAGCAAAGUAUGAGCUUUCCAAGAAAAUUUGGGGAAAAAAUAAGUCUUUGAUUGAUGAAGCUGAGGAUGAUGGUGAUGAAGAUGAAGAUGCUGGGAAUAGCAGUGAACAUGAGACUGUAAAACAGAGCUCUGGGAAAUCUCGGAAGCGCAAGGAUCCUGUGGACAAUGGGGUUUUGAAUGAUGGAAGUAAUCGCACUAAAGAGGUUGAUGAUUGCUCAUAUGAAUACAUAAGGGAAGCAUUUGGUCAGAUGAAAAAUGAUAUUUUUUCAGACAUGUUUUUAGAGCAGGGGCUGAAGUUGGCUGAACCGAAGAAGGCGAAGAAAUUGGAUCAGGAAUUUAGAGAGCUAAGUAUGCUUGAGGCAAAGUCUAAUUUAGAGUAUAUCAGCAUAGUGAGAGACAUCACAAGUCAUGCUCUGGAAGCACUUCAAAAAUCAGGUUAAUUUCCUUCCUUUUGACGAUAUGCUGGCCUUUCUUAUGAAGAGGAUAUUUUUAACUUUUAACAUGUAUAAUGGUAUAAUUCUGUUGCAUUUUGGUGCGCUAUUGUUAAUUUAUGAAUUGGUUGUUCUAGUAGGAUGGUUGUGAGCAAAAUGGCAUUUUGAACCUUUUUGGUAAUGUCAUUGGAACUUAAAAUUUGUCUAUUUUCUUGAGGAUUUUGUAUUUUUUGUUAACAUUUUCUGCGCGAAUGUUAGCAGUUUAUUUA